UGUUAGAUAAAUUACUGAGUCUUUAAGGAACCCCAUAUUAGAUAUUAAAGAAGGCUCCUAAUAAAUGCGUAAUCAAUUAUCGAACCGCAUUAAUAGCCCUUUAUUAUAAAGAAAGAUAAUUAGUAAGAAAGAAAGAGGAAAAAGCAAGAUCCGCGAUUUUCUUGGAUGUUGCAUCAAUGGCGGACGCAAAAUCAGAAGCACACGUGGCGAUCAUGCCGAGUCCCGGCAUGGGACACCUCAUCCCCGCCGUCGAGCUCGCCAAACGGCUCGUUCACCGCCACGGAUUCACCGUAACCCUAAUCAUCGCCGGCCAAGGUCCGCCGUCGAAUUCCCAAAGAUGCGUCCUCGAGUCGCUUCCUCCGUCGAUCGCCUCCGCCUUCCUCUCCCCCGUAGAUCUCACCGAUCUCCCUCCGGCGGCGCGAGCCGAGACUCGCAUCACACUCACCGUGACUCGCUCCAACCCGGAGCUCCGCCGCCUUCUCCGCUCCUUCACGGCGCAGGGACGCCUCCCAUCGGCUCUCGUUGUCGAUCUGUUCGGUACGGACGCCUUCGACGUUGCCGCGGAGUUCCACGUGUCACCUUACGUGUUCUAUCCAUCGACCGCUAACGUCCUGUCGCUUUUCCUUAAUUUGCCGAAACUAGACGAAGUCAUACCGGGCGAGUAUCGGGACUUAACCGAACCGGUUCACCUCCCGGGUUGCGUCCCGAUUUCUGGUAGGGAUCUUCUCGAUCCAAUUCAAGACCGGAAGGACGACGCAUACAAAUGGCUACUCCACCACACCAAGAGAUACAAAGAAGCCCAAGGCAUUUUGGUGAAUACUUUCAUAGAGCUAGAGCCAAACGCUAUAAAAUCCAUCCAAGAACCAGCUCCCGAUAAGCCAACUAUUUACCCGGUCGGACCGUUGGUUAACAUGGGUUCGUCGGACCCUAACCGGACCGACGAGUCAGAAUGUCUAAAAUGGCUGGAUAAACAACCGCUCGCUUCGGUUUUAUACAUCUCAUUCGGAAGCGGAGGAACAGUCACUUGCGAACAGCUCAACGAACUGGCUCUUGGUCUAGAGAAGAGCGUUCAACGUUUCUUGUGGGUUAUACGGAGUCCAAGUAGUUCGGCAAACUCGUCCUUUUUCGAUUCACAUAACCAAAAUGACCCCUUGUCAUUUUUGCCGACCGGAUUCUUGACCAAAAUGACCCUUUACAAGAGUAUGGUGGUCCCUUCAUGGGCCCGUCAAGCCCAAAUACUGGCCCACCCAUCUACGCGCGGAUUCUUGACGCAUUGCGGAUGGAACUCGACACUAGAAAGCGUAGUGAACGGUGUGCCGCUCAUAGCAUGGCCAUUGUACGCAGAGCAGAAGAUGAACGGGGUUUUGCUGACGGAUGGUAUCAAAGUGGCAUUGAGGCCUCGGCCGAGAAGCGAUGGGAUAAUAAGGAAAGAGGAGAUAGGGAGAGUGGUGAAGGUACUGAUAGAAGGGGGAGAAGGUAAAGAGAUGAGGAAGAGAAUGAAAAUUUUGCAGGAAGCUGCUCGUAGGGUCUUGAGGGACGAUGGGUCCUCCGCAAGGGCUCUUGAUGAAGUGGCCUCCAAGUGGAAGGCCCAUCAAAUGGAGUUAGAUGGAAUCCAUUAAACGGCUUUUUUUAUUUUUUAUUUUAUAUGAUCUGCGGAAUUACUUCUUCCAAGCAUAUGUGUUGCUUUGUUGUCUCCGUAAACCGUUGUUGUAGUUAUCGCACAACCUUACGAGACUCGGUGAUUGAUUCAGUCGCAAUCUUACUGCACAUGUCGUGUCGAAAUUGAACAGAAG